UUGUAAACCAAAUCUCUGAAGGUGAACACAGAAUCUCAUUAACUAUCAAAGUUCAUAUUCAAUAGAGGCAGAGUAAUGUUAUUUUCUGGAGAGCGUAAAUAAAGACGGUUACAUUUACAAUCAAGUCACAAUACCCCCAAUGAAUGAACAGCGGUGACCUAACAAAGGGUGACAGUUCAGAGAGAUGUUUCAGUGAAAGCAAAGAUGAAUUCUCCUGACAAUCAGGCCCAUGAGGGUAGAAUGAGUUGCCUCAAGAAACAGUGAGUUUAGCAUCACUGGACGGGACCUUGGUGGAGACAUUGCAGGAUAUUUGGGGGCCGGCUGACUCAUCCGCCUGUGGAGUUCUCUUCUGCUCUAACGUCCCGUGUUUGAAUAAUUCCACGUUUCUGGGUGCAUCCACAGAAGAAAGAGAAAUUCACUAAAUAGAGAGGAAAUUACAUUCCUGCAACUAAAACCAAACAAAGAAACAGAAACCCAACUGAAAUUUGAGAAGCUUUUGGUCACUUUUGCCAGAGAUCCAAAAUAGGAGUCAGAGGACCUGCUCGUGACUCGGUUGGGUGGGACUCCCCCAUUCAUCGCCAAACCUCACUCUUCUGCUCUUGGCAAAAAUGUGCUUCAGAGUCCACAUUACUUGAAACUCAGAGGAAUACCUGAGAUGGAGACUCACUGGACGUGUAACAUGAAAGAUUAAAUGGUAAUAUACCACUUGCAUUCAUCCUGGUGUAAGUCAGGAUUUAAAUUUUUCUGUGGAAAUACAAAAAAGAACUGAAAAAAACUGAUAGAAAUUACUCAAAAGGACUGCUUUCCAUUCAGAGGAAGACGGAUGGAACACUUCAGCAAAAAGCGAAUAACCAUUUGGUGUGGUUCUGAAAGGGCGGUUAAGUACCACGUGGGAAAACAGACUCAGGCUAAGACUGAGAUUUACACAGAAUCCAGCACUGAAGCAAUAACAGAAUUUAAAGAAAAAUGGGUGGGAAGCAGGAGGAAAAACACACCCAGAUUUCUAGUUUGUUAACAUACUUGAAUGGAGAAAAUACCAACUGUGGGACAAUCAGCGUGAUAGAAGCGCUGCCCACUAAGUAUUGCAUGCCAUGGAUAUGCAAAAUCAGACCACAGUGACUGAAUUCACCCUGACUGCCUUCCCUGUUAUCCGGAAGCUUCAGAUCUCCCUCUUUGUGGUCCUCUUGUUUAUUUACAUGUUAACUCUUACAGGAAAUAUUGUCAUCAUUUCCCUAAUAUGGGCUGAUAAUCGCCUCCAAACCCCAAUGUACUUCUUCCUCAGUAAUUUGUCAUUUCUGGACAUUUUAUACACUACCUCAGUUACCCCAAAGCUAUUAGCUUGUCUUCUAGAGGACAGGAAGACCAUAUCUUUUGCUGGCUGCAUGACUCAAACAUACUUCUUCUUUUUCUUGGGGACAGUGGAGUUUAUCCUCCUAGCAGUGAUGUCCUUUGACCGCUAUGUGGCCAUCUGUAACCCCCUGCGCUAUACCAUCAUCAUGAACAGCAACGUCUGUCUCCUACUGGUUCUGGGAUGCUGGGUAGGAGCCUUCUUCUCAGUGCUGUGCCCAACUAUUGUAGUGUCCAGACUGCCCUACUGUCAUAAAGAAAUCAGUCAUUUUUUCUGUGACAUUGCCCCUCUGCUACAGGUGGCCUGCAUAGACACUCAUUUCAUUGAGAUGAUAAACUUCCUCUUAUCUUCCCUCGUCCUCCUGACCUCGCUGGUACUCACCAUUGUGUCUUACACCUACAUCAUUUCUACCAUUUUGCGCAUCCCCUCAGCCCAAGGACGUCAGAAGGCAUUUUCCACCUGUGCUUCUCACAUCACGGUCGUCUCCAUUGCCUAUGGGAGCAACAUCUUCAUGUAUGUGAGGCCCAGCCAGAGCCGUUCGCUGGAUUUUGACAAAGUGACUGCUGUUCUCACCACUAUGGUGACGCCUCUUCUGAACCCCUUCAUUUAUAGUCUAAGGAAUGCAAAGAUGUUUGAGAUGCCUGGUUUCAUCCCUGACAGCUAAAGACUGUAGAUACUGACAGAAACAAGGAAGAAGAAUAUCCCAGGUUUGUACAGCCUACUUAAAUAUGUACAUCUGUGUAUCUCCCCUCAUCCUCUUAACCUUGAGAAGCUGAUACUAUUAUCUCCAAACCGAGGUCCACAGAGGUUAAGCCUCUUGCCCCAAACCAUACCCUGGA